AUGGGGCAGGCUCCCCUCAUGUCAAAGCCGAAGGAAGGGGAGGAACUGAUUGUCUACCUGGGGGUAUCUGAGUACACAGUGAGCACCGCCUUGAUUCGAGAAGAAGAGCGAGUUCAAUACCCAGUAUAUUAUGUAAGCCACAGGCUACUUGACGCCGAAACAAGAUAUUUCCCCAUGGAAAAGCUCAUUUUUUACCUAGUGGUCGCAUCUCGAAAGCUCCGCCUCUAUUUUCAAGCCAAUCAGAUCAGCGUAUUGACUAAACACCCACUAAAGCAGAUUUUACAGAAGCCUGAUUCAUCUGGCCGCCUCCUCAAGUGGGAAAUCAAGCUCGCCCAAUUCAACAUACAGUACAAGUCAAGGACGGCCAUAAAGGGUCAGAUACUAGCAAACUUCGUUGCAGAAUUCAUGGGGCCGACGGAAGAACCAGCCCCCCUAACCUCGCCAGUCUGGGAGCUGUAUGUUGAUGGCUCUUCCAACGAGCAUGGGUCAGGAGCUGGCGUACUCCUGGUAAGCCCAGAGGGACACAAAAUCCCCUACGCAUUGAGGUUCGGGUUUAGAGUAACCAACAAUGAAGCCGAAUACGAAGCAUUGCUAGCCGACCUCCGUCUAGCAAGAGAAGUCAAGGCAGAGCGGCUAAAAAUUUUCAACAACUCCCAACUCGUGGUCUGCCAAGUUCAAGGGGAAUAUCAGGCAAGGGGCCCAAAGAUGGUAGCAUACCUCCAGGAAGCUCAGGAAUUGUUACGCCUUUUCGACGAAAGCGAGGUGAAUCAAGUCCCGCGAAGUCGGAACUCUCACGCCGAUGCCCUGGCUCGUCUGGCUUCCGUUAGAGAAACUGACUCAUUGGGAACCAUCCCCAUAGAGUUCCUCGCCAUACCGAGUACAGACAAAAGAACUGAGACAUUGACAGUCGAGCUAAGGCCAGAUUCAUGGAUGAGACCGAUCGUAAACUAUUUGCAAGGGGGACAGUUGCCAAACGACAAACUCGAGGCACGACACCUUAGAGCUCGGGCGGCCAGAUAUUGUAUCUGCGACGAUAUGCUAUACAAGCGAGGGUUCUUAGUCCCGUUACUCAGGUGCAUCUAUGAGCUUGAUUGUCAAGCAAUUCUCAAUGAAAUUCAUGCCGGCCACUGCAGCAAUCACGCUGGGGGGGUAUCCUUGGCUCAGAAGGCAUUCCGCCAGGGCUUUUACUGGCCCACCAUGAAGUGA